AUGUCUAGUCAGAUGAAGAUUCUGCUGAUGAAGACGAAGGGGGGAAUGCUCGACAAUUUGACUGGCAGACAGUUACGUGCUGGAGCUGAGGUAUUAUUUGCAAACAAUGCACGAACACAGCUUGACCCUGAACUAUCUACUGAUGAUGCAGAAGGUGAUAAUUGUAAACCUAGUAAGAAAAAUGAAAAACGGAAACGGAAUCAACGUAAACAACGCAAGUGGGGAAAACAUGACCUGUGCAACUCAUUGUCUCAUUUCCCUGAAUGUGAUUUUUCAAAGUACCGUGAUUUUAGUCCAUAUGAGCUGCUAGAGUUGUUUUUUGAUGAAGACAUAUUUAACAUGAUAUUGGCUGAAAUACCAAUCUAUGCACAGUUCAAGAAUGAACCUGACCCUGCAGUAACUAAGGCCGAGCUGAAAGUGUUUAUUGCAGUUUUGAUUCUCUCUGGGUACAAUAGGCUGCCAGGAAAAAGGUUUUACUGGGAUUCAGGUCCAGACAUGAGAAAUGAGAUGGUUCAUGCAGCUAUUAGGAGAGACAGGUUUAUCCAAAUUAUGAAAUUUCUGCAUUUUGCUGAUAAUAAUGCCAUGGAUUCAAGAGACAAAUUAUGGAAGCUCCGUCCACUGAUAAAGAAACUUCAAAAUAAAUUUGUAAAACACUUUGUUCCUGUACCUAGGCUGAGCUAUGAUGAAUCUAUGAUUGCAUAUUAUGGGCCUCAUGGGUGUAAACAGUUUAUCAAAGGAAAACCAAUUAGGUUUGGUUACAAGGUUUGGUCUUUGAACACUCCUUCGGGCUAUUUGGUAAAUUUUGAUGUGUAUCAAGGAAAGAAUGUGCAAAUCAAUGAGGAUUAUGAGAAGCAAUUUGGAAAGGCAGUAACUCCUCUAAUUCAAAUGAUUGAUAGUUUUGAUGAUGAUACAAAGAAUUUGCCAUUCAGUUUAUAUUUUGAUAAUCUCUUCACUGGUAUGGAGCUGCUGAGUUAUUUGAAACAAGAGGGAUACAAUGGUACUGGGACAAUCAGGGAGUCACGGGUUCCAAAGGAAUGCACCAUAAUGCCUUGCAAAGAUAUGAAGAAGCUUGAAAGGGGAACCUUUACAUAUAAGUGUAGUGAUGAUGGAAUUUUAGUUGCAAGAUGGCAAGACACUGGAUCCGUUACUGUAGCAACAACUGUUCACUCAGUCAAUCCCGUUGGUCAUAGGAGCUGGUCGCCAUCCACGUCAAAGGCCAGUGUAUCCAAAGGUCGACUACCAGACUCCAUUAGAUAUGAUGGUAAAAACCAUUACAUUAUUCAAAACCUAGGCAACAAAAGAAGACGUUGUGCAGGAGAAUAUUGCAAAUCUGUAGGUCGCACAGCAUGCAGUAAAUGUGAUGUUGGACUGUGUGACGGGAAGGAGGAUGGGGAGAGGGGAGGGAGGGAGGAAAGGCCGUCAGGUGUUACUCGUCGACCAACUUCCAGGAGACUUGGCUUAAUAAAGACGCACUUCCGGUCCUCCCGCGUGUUCGUGAAGCAACAGUUCCUUGUGUCUGUAUACCUCAAAACAUUACCUCACAAUGCCACUCAGUACAGGCGGUAA